AUCGAUCACCCAGAAGCGAUGGCGGCGACGACGACAGAGAAGCAGCCGAACAUUGUGUUCAUCAUGGCUGAUGACCUCGGAUGGGCCGACUUGAGCGUAUAUGGCCAGGUCGACUACUCCACGCCGCGCUUGGAUCAGCUCGCCGCGCAAGGCGUGCGGUUCACCCACGCAUACGCCAACUCGGCCGUGUGUUCGGCGACUCGUUUCGCGCUCAUGACAGGUCGAUACCAGUACCGUCUGCCUGGAGGGUUGGAAGAGCCGAUCCCGACGUCAGUGGGGCCCCGUGGCCCCAUCGGUUUGCCCCCCGACCACCCCACGCUUCCAUCGAUCCUCCGCGACGCUGGCUACGACACGGCGCUGCUCGGCAAGUGGCACCUCGGCCCAUUGCCGGAUUUCGGCCCCCUGAAAAGCGGCUAUGAUCGUUUCUUCGGCAACCUCAGCGGUGUCAUCGACUACUUCACGCACAAGCCUGGCGUCGGGGAGCACGUCGCUCGCGAUCUGUGGGAGGGCGAGACGCCUGUCGACCGCGUGGGGUACUACACGCAGAUCCUGGCGGACGAAGCGUCGGCGUACGUGACCGCGCCGGAGCGCAAGGACAAGCCGUUCUUCUUGUCGUUGCACUUUACAGCGCCGCAUUGGCCGUGGGAAGGACCCGAGGACGAAGAAGUGUCUAAGAACCUGACGAGCAUCUUCCACUACGACGGUGGCACCCAGGCCACGUACGGCCGCAUGGUGGAGGCGCUGGACCAGUCGGUCGGCCAAGUGCUGGACGCCCUCGACAGCGCCGGGCUCGGCGACGACACCAUCGUGGUGUUCACUAGUGACAACGGCGGUGAGCGGUAUAGCAAGACGUGGCCAUUCACGGGGCAGAAGACGGAGCUGCUGGAGGGGGGACUGCGGGUACCGACGAUCAUGCGGUGGCCCGCGGGGCUGCCGACGCCGCAUGUGUCGACGCAGGUGACGGCGACGAUGGACUGGCUGCCGACGCUGCUGGCCGCCGCAAAGCUGGUACCCACCGCCGAGUUCCCCACGGACGGCGAGAACCUGCUUCCGAUUCUGCAGCAACUUGCUCCAGAACACGACCGCACGCUGUGCUGGCGAUACAAAGCGCACGGCCAACGCGCCAUCCGCGACGGCAAGUUCAAGUACCUCAAGAUCAACGGCAACGAGUUUCUGUUUGACAUUGUCGCAGACCCCCGCGAGCGCGGCAACCUCAAGAAGCGCCUGCCCGACGUGUUUGAUAAGCUCAAGCAACUGUGGGCCGACUGGGAUGCCACCAUGCUCGCCAUGAACGAAGGCACGUACACCCACGCCCUCACGCCGCCAAUUCAGGCGGACCGGUACGCCCCUCAGGACCUCACGCCGCCUGUAAAACCCACGUAAGGGAAAGCGAUUGGGUCGUUUCGAGAGAUGUAUGCAGGUCCUAGAAUCGCGAGGGAUAGUUAGUGUUCAUUGCCACGUUAUAACGACAGUGUUUUGCUGGUUGGCUUGAGAA